AUGAGCGAGUCCCAAGAAACUCGUCGACCUAGUUUCGGAAUGUUGCUCAAACGCAGCAAGAGCGGCGAGUUUGGCAGCAAGGGCAGGAAGGCCCAGGCCCUUAGAGAGGCUGAGCUCGAGAGGCAGCGCGCCGCUGCUUCUCGCAUUCCCCCCAAGCUGCCCGAGUUCGCCAAUCACACCGAACAACUCUCAAAGUCCUUCGGCUCAGACUUGCGUCCCGAUUCUUCCUACGAUCAGUCGCCCAAUGCGAGAGCCGUGGCCUCGGCGGUUCCCAUCCCCCCCAUCCCAGCCAACGCUUUCGACCCCUAUGCUCGUACUGAGAGUAUGGCCCAUCGUGGCCGAUAUAGCUACGCCAGCAGCGCAGUCAGCACCAUUAACAGCCCCAGGCGAGUCCGACGCAGAAAGGAUCCCACGCCUUUCAACAUCCUGAUUCUUGGCACGCGUGACUCGGGCAAGACGUCUUUCCUUGAGUUCCUCAAAACAGCCCUCGCCUUACCCGCCAAGAAGCGAACACACAAGGCAGAGGAGGAUGAUUUCAAAAUGCCAGCCCCCAGCUCUGGCAACUUCAUCCCCCACUUUUUGGAGACCGAAAUGGACGGAGAGCGGAUUGGCCUGACUCUGUGGGACUCAGAGGGCUUGGAGAAGAACGUCGUGGAUUUGCAGCUUCGAGAGCUCAACUCAUUCCUCGAAAGCAAGUUCGAAGAGACCUUUGCCGAGGAGAUGAAGGUUGUGCGGUCCCCAGGCGUCCAAGACACCCACAUCCACGCAGCCUUCCUUAUUCUGGACCCCAGCAGGUUGGACAGAAAUGUCGCCGCCAGUCGAAGUCUCGCCGGUCUCACAAACGGCCAGGCGCCACACAUGCGCGUCGUCGGCUGUCUCGAUGAGGACCUGGACAUGCAGCUACUGCGUCUGCUCCAGGGCAAAACGACAGUCAUCCCCGUCAUUUCAAAAGCAGACACUGUGGCGACAAAGCAUAUGAACGUACUCAAGAAGGCUGUAUGGGAAACCUUUAAGCAAUGUAACCUGGACCCACUAGAGUCUCUUGGAUUAGACGAGGAUACUGAUAGUGUGACUUCGAGUCGCAUUGCGGAGGAGGAUGAGGACGAUGUCAGCAACGCGAGCGACCGGGCGCCAAAGUCCUCACCCCCUUCGUCGCCAAACUCCAAGCGACAGUCAACCCAGUCUAUCCGCCGCCACAAGGCGCAGGAGGACUCGAAAGUGGACGAGACUCCUUUCUUGCCACUCUCGAUUAUCAGCCCUGAUCUGUACGAGCCUGGUGUCGUCGGCCGACAAUUUCCUUGGGGGUUCGCAGACCCGUACAACGAGGACCAUUGUGACUUUACUCGCCUAAAGGAGGCCGUUUUCAGCGAGUGGCGUUCCGAGCUCCGCGAAGCCAGCAGGGAGCAGUGGUAUGAGGGCUGGAGGACUAGUCGCCUCAAGCUGAAUCAGCUGCCCCAUCGCCGACGCUGA